ACCCCCUACUCUAAAAUGUCUACCGAAAACUCUGCUGAUAAAUACGACCUUGUUCGCAAGGAUAUCAUCAAGGUCUUCCCCGAGGAGGAAUACGACGAUGGAUCCUUUGCUCCCGUUGUUCUUCGUCUCGCAUGGCACGCAAGUGGAACUUACGACCACAAGCACAAGGAUGGAGGUAGCGAUGGUGCCACUAUGCGCCACAACACUGAAGCCUCUGACCCUGCCAAUGCUGGACUUGAUGUCGCUAGAAACGUCCUCGAACCCAUCAAGCAGAAGCAUCCCUGGAUUUCUUAUGCUGAUUUAUGGACUCUUGGUGGCUGUGUUGCUAUCGAGCACAUGGGCGGUCCUCAUAUUGAGUGGACCGGUGGCCGUCGCGAUAAGCACAGCGAUGCCGAUUGCCCUCCCGUCGGACGUCUUCCCGAUGCUGCUCUUGGUAAAGAUCAUGUCCUCGCUGUCUUUGUCAACCGUAUGGGCUUUACCGUCCAAGAGACUGUCGCCCUGAUCGGUGCCCACACAGUUGGCCGUUGCCAUAGAGAUAGAUCUGGUUUCGAUGGUCCCUGGACUGUUACCCCCACCCGUUUCUCCAACCAAUUUUUCAAGCAAUUGCUUGCCCAGACCUGGGUUGAGAGAAAGUGGGAUGGACCCAGACAGUUCGAAGAUGUUGAGACUCAAGAGCUCAUGAUGCUCCCCACCGAUAUAGCCCUCUUGGAUGAGCCCUUCCGCAAAUACGUUGAUAUUUAUGCCCAGGAUAAGCAGAAAUUCUUUGAUGACUUUUCAUCUGCUUUCCUCAAAUUGAUCGAGUUGGGUGUCGCCAAGAGAGGAAAGUUGUAAUUUGUCCAUUAUUCCCCCCCUCAUUUUUAUCCUUCUUUUUCCUCUUUUGCUGGCAGGCAAGAGGUAACUUACAUUAAAAUAAUUCAAAUAUACACAGUGAUAAUAAAAAUUUCAACUUUUACACUAUAC